CCUCUUUUCUUUUAGGGUUUUCACUUUACCGCUCGGUCGAGAACUCGAACUUCGCGAUACCCUCAACAAAUCGGCCCCAACCUCACUCUCCCACUCUCUCUCUCUUGGCGGUCUUUCCUCUUGCUGCAUCUGUGUGUUGUCGAGAAGAACUGUUUCAGUGGCACGAUAAUGUCGUCAGUGGGACUUCCAACCACCUGCACAUUCAAAUGUAGCCUGGUCAACAAUUUCUCUAGAAACCCAUGCUCCUUUGUGAAGAGCGGUUCUACACUUUGCAGGAGAAACGUAUCAAAAACAUUUGGACUUAAGGCGUCCAGCUUCCGAGUGUCUGCAAUGGCGACAUACAAGGUGAAGUUGAUUGGACCUGAUGGUACCGAGAAUGAAUUUGAGGCUCCAGAUGAUGUGUACAUUCUGGAUGCUGCUGAGAACGCUGGUGUGGAGCUACCAUAUUCGUGCCGAGCUGGUGCAUGCUCAACUUGUGCCGGCCAAAUGGUAUCGGGAUCAGUGGACCAGUCUGAUGGCUCCUUCCUUGAUGAUUCACAGGUCGAGAAGGGAUACGUGCUGACGUGCAUCUCGUAUCCAUCUUCAGACUGUGUUAUUCACACACACAAAGAAGCAGAUCUCUACUGAGCAGCAGGGAUGGAAGAUGAGCAUGAAGGCUGCGCUGGUUUAUGUCUGCUUUCUUUGCUAUGUUUUCAGGUGGGUUUCUUCCCCGAUUGUCUGCCUUGAGAUGCAUUGCUGAAGCCUCAGGGUGUAUUUGGACUUCAAUAUGUAGUGGAGCUCUUGGAAUUGUCUUGGCGUCCUUAUCUAUCCCUUACAAUA